UAACAACAAAAAGAUAGAUGUCAAAAACAUUUUGACCAAUCUUUCCGUAUUUUUCUCGACUUUUGUACGGAAAACUUGAGGAACACUGACCGCCUAUUUUUUCCUUGCAUAUUCUCAACCGAGGAUGUCGACUGUUAGAAUCUUCUCCCUGGCCAAACAAAGCAAUCGAAUUUUACGUCCGGCCGUAACGUAUCGUCAGUACAGUACUUCAAUCAAACCGGAGCAAUACUAUUAUGUAAAUAAAACUGAUGGCAGCAUGGACAUGGCUGACAUUACGGACCGUGCAGCCCAAACUAUUUUCUGGACCGAGUUGUUCCGUGGAGCCGCCGUAACGUUGGCCCACAUUUUUAAGGAACCGGCUACCAUCAAUUACCCGUUCGAGAAGGGUCCCUUGAGUCCCCGGUUUCGCGGGGAGCACGCUCUUCGUCGCUACCCCAGCGGCGAGGAACGGUGCAUUGCUUGCAAAUUGUGCGAGGCCAUUUGUCCGGCUCAGGCCAUCACGAUCGAAGCGGAAGAACGGGCCGACGGUAGUCGGAGAACUACUCGUUACGAUAUCGACAUGACCAAGUGUAUCUACUGUGGUUUUUGUCAGGAAGCCUGUCCGGUGGAUGCCAUCGUUGAAGGUCCUAACUUUGAGUUUUCGACCGAAACGCACGAGGAGCUGCUGUACAACAAGGAAAAGCUGCUCAGCAAUGGUGACAAGUGGGAGUCCGAGAUUGCAUCCAAUAUUAACGCCGAUUACUUGUACCGUUGAGCGGUGUUCUGUCGGUGAAGUCAAUCGGAUGUGCACUGCGGUGCUCAGAAAAUUGUUUAGCAAAAAUACUAAUUAAAUGGAUAAUUGAUAAAUAAUGGAAAUAAAUCCAAUAACUUGUUCAAAUGAAAA